AUGGGACAAAUUAUCAGCGCAGUUAUUAGCAAUCUUAAAGCACCCAACGAGGAGGCAAAACGUCGAAAUCUAGAGCAACUCAAGCUUCUGCAACUCCUCCUCAAAUUUCAGAACGAUCGUUUUGAAGAAGAUUUCAAAAAAACGAUUUCUGGUGAUGGCGGGGGUGUCAAAGUGGUAAAAGACAGCCCUCUCCGACGUUAUCACGAAAGCAUGGUCAAUAUAUCAUCCACUCCCUCUGAAGGUCUCGAUAAAAUUCUUAAUAACUUUUUACCCGCAAAAGGUAAAGAAGUUGAAAUCGUUCAAGGUUUUAAGGAGAUUAUUAAGACUGGCUUAAGUACUUUCUUGGGGAAUUCAACGAUUGGUGAACAGAGUCAAGAUUUUACAUUCGUCUCUCUGUUGCAUAAUGCGAUUGUUAGAAUAGACAUCAAGCUUUGGAUGUAUGCCUUUGCAGUCAAAGGAGUUAUUUCAGAAUGUGAAAAUGCUUUAUGCUUCGCAUUCACUCUUUCAGUUGUGAAUCACAAAGAGACUAGCAUCGAUAACAUAGUCUUUUUAAUUAAUGAGGGUGCUGAUAGAGCCAAGGUAGAUCCUGCGGAACUCAUUAAAACAAUAAAAGAGACUUGGAUUUCUCUUAAAGAUCAAGACCCGUUCGAUAUUCAUAAAGAAGUCGAUAAAGUGCUUAAAUAG